GUUUAAGGGAAAUAGUGUGUAUUCAUUGUUCGUGGUGAGUUCAAUCAACAGGUACAUUAUUUUUCUUGCACAUACAGGAUUGGUUGUCCACAUAGAAUGAGUAGUACAGCAACAGUUAGCUUAUUGUCGGCAGUGUUUACUUUUCUUGUCAUCUUAACAGUAGUUUCCACAGCACCGUAUUCAGAUUAUGAGGACAAUAUCCACGACUUAGUAGAAAUUCUAAUGCAAAAACAAAAUAUGAACGAACCGCUUGGUAUUCAUCAAGUAGAAAGACGGAGAGGGCCGCAACUUAGAUUACGAUUUGGCAAACGGACAGACGAAUUCGACCCUUUUGGAAUCAAUGAUAAUGGAAAUGACAGACCACCAUCUCUACGUCUACGUUUUGGAAAAAGGACCGAAGAAGGUACAAAUGAAAGGCCGGCAUCUUUACGACUUCGAUUCGGCAAAAGAUUCGACGAUGUUUCUAUGCCAGUAUCUGGAUACAGCCCAACUGAAGGAGAAAAUUAAACAUAUUUAACUUAGAAUAUCUGUCAUGAACAAUGGGAAUAAAUAUAAGUUGAUUUUCGCUAUUUUCUUUUUUUUUAUGUUUUACCCUUGUCAAAUAUAAUAUAUU